GAGUGGAAUAUCUGUAGAAGCAGAGUGCACGGCGAGCAGACGUUCUGUUCUCCGUGCUCGGCCAGAUCGGCAGUAAACAGCUGGCGACGCGAUGCGUCAGAGCAAAAUGUCGAACGGGACUGCGCCGAGCUAGUCGCUCCCCCUCCCUUAACGUCGUCUCGGGCAUACAGAGGUACGGGAAAAAAGGUGGACAUUCACGGACGAACGUUCGACGGGACUCGCGGCAGAAUAUUGACACCGGGCGAACGAAGAGAGCCCUGCGGCGACCAGCUCCGGGACAAGCUUUACGGGAAACGGGGGAAAAUCCGCGGCGAAAGUGGAGUUUCUUUGUUCCUGCGUGAAACGUUCUCUGCGCAUAGGUUUCCGUGGCUGUGGCGCAGCGUUGUUUGUUGUGGUCGGUACGUCACUGCUCUCUCGGUGUACACACAAGCUCGGUCUGGACAAGAGGAGAGCUCGACCCGACGACUGUGUCCCGACCGAUCCCGCCGUCGACGGGUCUCGUCUGCCACACGGGACAGCGUCCGCGGCAUAAAACGUCGACCAUACUCGCGCUCGAGUUGAAACGUCCCGUCGACCAGCUCGGAGAAAGGAUCGCUGGCCUUUCGUGUACGCGCGAGUGCUUUGUUUUGACGAGCAGCUGAUCCGGGGACUAAGCUACGUUCGUCGACGAUCUUCUUCUUUUUCGCCGUUGCAACGGGUGGCGCGCGGCCCGUCUACGAAACAGUUUUUUCCUCGCAAGUUGGUGAUUCUCUUUUUUCCUCUCUAUCAGAGUGAUCGUCGGACUGCACCGCUUCAUUCGACUGGCCGCCUCUGUGAAUAGUGCGUUUAAAGGGAUCGCCGAGCCGUGGCGAGAGAGAAGCUCCGUUACAUCACGGAAAAACUGGAGGAGGACGCGCGCGAUCGACCGAUGCUCUCUCGUGGACACAACAGUCGCCAGCCUAUACACCCGUGAACCCCCUCGAUGACAGGCGGACCAACAUAAUCAAGAAUUUUCUAUUCGUCGAUCCGGACAGAAAUCCACGGGCUACCUCGGCCCGUGUCAAUCGACGCUGUUCGUUUCCAAGGGAUACUGCGCUCCCGUUCGUUCCCAUCGACACCCAACCGGAACGAAGAAUUCCUGCCGUCCUGUAAAUAACGAUCGACCAGAUCGCGCCUCACGGUCCUAUCUGCCGUGUUUUACCAACACAACCUCUAAAUAGUCUCACAAAGGAACCGUACAAAUCGACACUUGCCAAGAUUACAACGUUUGUUUAGUUGCCGAUGAUAUUCCGACGCUUAUUGUGUCCACAUUCGUUUUUGGAUCUCCGACUUCGGUUUUUCCUCUAGGGCCAGCCGAAGCUAAAACCGAUCGUUGUUACCAACCUAUAUUCACAUUCACGCCUACACGCAAACAUACACACGUUCACACACAUACACGCCUUUACACACACGUAUACCUAUAUAACGUGCACACAUUAAACCGUGGCCGUAUGCAUCGGUUCUCUAGACGAAGACUGACGCUAUCUGUCCUUGUCUAGACCGUUCUCAACGGGUACGCGCGGGAUCACGCGAUUCCUGCGAAUACAUACGUGUCACGAAAAUACGGAAGGGACGCACGGACGGCGGGCACGACGUUCGUGGAGCGGAUCCGCCGAGAAAGUAUCCCGGCUGUGUUGUGAAUCGACGACGAAACGGUUCGGUGGCCGUGAUCGAUGCGGCAUAAACCCGUGGGGGCCGUGCUCACUCGCGCUGGCAAACCGGGGGUACGGCACCGAUCGAGCUGACUGCUGGAGUCGACCUGAGGUGACCAAGGGGAUUCCCGUGUCUCCGAGGACGGGUACUACCUGGCCGGGUGUGUAAGGUUCGCCGGAUGCCAGUCGGGUCCUUGAGCCGGGCUGGCCGUUUCAAUCGUGUCGUCGGACUGGAAGGAGCACCACCGGCCCGAAAAUGCUGUACAUAUUCCACGUGGACACCGGCACCACCAUCACCUUCGACAUCAAGCUGGCGCUGCAGACGGUGUCCCAGCUGAUGGAAGCGAUCGAGAGGGAAUGCGGCGUGGUCGCGGCGCACCAGGUGCUCCUGAUGAGCGGAGGCGAAAGCCUGGAACCGAACGCGCGUGUAUGCUCCUACUCGGCCGGAACCGACACGAAUCCGAUCUAUUUGUUCAGCAAGGCCGCCAUUGAGAGCCACCUUCCACCCACGCCGAGCAUAGAUUAUGGUUCCGAUGUCGAUCUGCAAAGCCAAAUCGACGCUUCGCUGGCGAUGCCAGCCACUUACCAGACCCUCGUCGCUCGGGCGCAAUUGGCUCAGCAGUGUUGCGGAUUGGCUGGGGGGCAAACCAGGAUCUGCGAGAGGCUGGUGCACGACCAGCACCUUCAGCAACAGGGCUGGGCCGCCGUGGUGGCGAAUCUGGAGGACAUCACGCAGAUGUUCCAGUCCCGGGCCGCUGUCCUGCAGCAGAGCUUCGCCGUUUACCUCUCGGAGAGGCAGCAACACAUGGAGCUACUUCAGAACUUUAACGCUGAUCUAGAGAUGCUGUCCAAGAUCCCAAUCCUACCAGCGUUGCGGGCCCAGGCAGAGGGUCUGCUGAGUCCCGAGGACCAGCCGAGCCAGUCGGAGAAGGACGGGGACGGGAGGGAAGAGGUCCUCAGCUUACUUCGGUGGAUCUCGGCGAAAGACAAUCAGAGUAGUCUAGAGCAGGUCGCGGAGCAGUGCUCCAGAGGUUUGGAGCAGUUCGACGAGAGGAUGAUGGAGGCCUUGAAGGCGGAGGUGAACGCGGCGAUAGACAGCGCGAACAAGCAGGACAUGAAGGAGAUCAAGGGUCUCGGGGAGAGGCUGUUCGCGCUGGAGCAGCUGAUGGCGCAGACCAAGAAGCUCGUCCAGGACCAGGGGGAGCUCGCGCAGGGUUUCCUCCAAAAUCAGAGCCGCGUGAGCAACCUGGGCGACGCCAGCGUGCUGCCGGACCUCUGCACCUUCCACAGACGCCAGCUGCUCGUGAUGCUGCAGAAUCACAAUCAGCUGAGGGACAUCCGGCGCAGGUGUACCAAAGCGAAGGAGGAGCUGUCGGUGAACAUCUACCAUCGGCUCAAGUGGAUCAUGUACGUGGAGAACAAGAUGAUGGAGGUGGACAGGAAGCUGAUGAUGUACAACGAGAGCCUGAAACGACUCAGGAGACACUUGGAGGUUCUCCAGCAGAUCCACCUCGCGCCGCAGAUGUACAUGAACGCGGUCGCGGAAGUUGUCCGGAGGCGAACCUUCUCCCAGGCGUUCCUGGUCUGGGCUAGCAACCUGGCGUGCCAGCUGCUCACCGUGCACAGUGAGGAACUGGCCCGUCGGAGGGAGUUCCAGAGCAAGUUCGACGGACACUUCUUGAACACGCUGUUCCCGGGGCUGGAGGAUACGCCGCCGCCUUUCGCGACGCAGGCACCGUCCGUCUUCGACAGUGGAUUGCCAAAGUUGACGGUGGAAGACAUGGAGUCGCUAAGAUCGCAGCUGCCAGACCUGGCGCUCGCCGUGUCGUCGCCGGACUUGAACAGCAUCACCCAGUUCUUCUUGUCGAAGAGUCUUACAGAGGCCAGUACCGACGGCAACAAGGAGAAAGAUAGUACUUCCAUGAGAGUGGACGUGGCUGUUAAAGAACAAGAACGAACCAGGGCUCCGAUGAUGUCUGACAGGGGUGGCUUCGAAUCGGAGACGGACACCGAGGAGUUCGAGAAGAUCGGGCAAGGGGCCGCGGACUCGAAACUCGAGUCGUUCGACGACGCGAAACAAAUGCGUCAGAAACAAUUGGAGGUUGGUGCCUCGCGAAGCGUGUCCCCCUCUUCCUCCACCUCGACUAACGUAUCCCCGCUAAAUUCGAAAGUCGUGGACCUGACGAACCGGUCGUCCUCGUCAAGCGAGCCCGGAUCCUUCCAUUUCCCUAGCCUGUCCGUCAGCGAACGGCCGUCCCAGCUGAGCCCCCUCACCGAGUGCGCGGAAAACGUCGAGUCGAGCUGCGCGCUCCAUCGCGCCGCGAACGGUCUUUCCAAAUAUAGCGAGCAGCCGCCGCCGACGGCGGCCGAGGAGCCGAGUUCCCUAAGCCCGAAUCCUUCUCCCCUGACACCGUCCGUGUUGUGCGACGGCCAGCAGCAUCAACGGAACCAGCUGUCCAGCAGUGGCGGCAGCAGUCCAUCGGUCGGGGUCGGCGCAACCGACUUCAUGGGUACUGAGUUUUACAUGGACGAGUCCCUGCCGAGCAGUCUCAGCGAGCAUCCUGUCGACGGCCACCAUCAGGCUAUCAUUUCCCUUCUCCAGGAGAAUCUCGGCAACACUCGCGAGGAAGCGGAGAGGCUGCGUUCGAUCCUGAAGACGAUGAAAACCGUGGUGUGCGAGGCGAUGACUUCGGUCCGCCAGGAGCUGUCCGUUCUGAGGAACCAGUCCGGCGAGGACAAGAGCAAUCUCACCGAGAUGAUCGAGCGCGUUCGCGAGGCGUUGUCCUUGUACUCCAGCGAAUGCGAUCGUCGUCUCCGCGAACGCGAGCAGGAGCUGACGGUGGACCACGAGCUGGAAAUGGCGGACGUGAAGAAGCUGAUCCAGAGCCGGGAAGAGGAGAUCUGCACGUUGAAACGGAAUCUGCUGGAAAAGGAGACGGAGUUGUCGGAGCACGAACGCCUGGUGACCACUAUGCGACAGAAGCUCGAGUCCGAGCAGACGGAGAUGAGGAAUCUGCAGACGCGCCUUCACCAACAGCUCGAAGAGGCGCUGGAGCAAGCGCGAGUAGCGAAGGAAGCAGCCGUGAAGAAGGUGAACGAUGAAAGGUUCGUGGAGAUCGCCCCUCUGACGAACUCUGUCACGCAGUGUCAAGAUCGGAUCCGCGAGUUGGAGGAGAACCUGAACACCGCCAGGAACGAUCAGGAGAGGAUGGUCAAGGAGGCUACCGACAUGUUGCACAUGGAGUACAAGAACGAGCUGGAGACCAUCAGGAACCGAUUCAAGCAGAUCUCCGCGCCCGCCAUGGAGAGGAGUCCCAGUGAUUCCAGCUUUGAGAAGAUCGAGAGACUCGACGUGAUGGAGCUCGGUUUCCGCAUCCUAGCGCAAGUGAAGGAGAAGCACAUAGCCGUUCGAACAGCGGUGGAGAAAGAGAGAGCAGCCUGCAUGGCGAAAGUGGAUCUCGAGCUGCAGCUAGCCAGGCAAGCGGUGGAGGAUAAGGAGCGCGAAGUGAAGAUGUACAGGAUGAGAGAGUUCGCGCUUCUGGAAGAGCUGGAACACUACAAGACGACCAUCAGGAGAGUAAUCGAGUCGGAGGAGUUCAAGAAUAUCUCGGACGAGAUGAGCUUAAGUCACGUGCAAGAAGUGCUGAAGGGUCUGAGGCCCGACAAAGACGAGGUAGAGGUGUCGGAGUCGAAGAAAGUGCGGCUGGAGGCGAACGACGAUCAGACUUGCCUAUCUAGGAGACUGCAGAUGCUGGAGAACGACAACAAGAGGCUGAACGCUGAGCUGCAGCAGCUUCGCGAGAGCAGGGAUUCGGUGGAGGCGGAGAUAGAAGCCUUGGAAGCUGACAAAGUCCGGCUGGAAGUGGAGCUGGUGAAGGAAAGGUCGAGGAGAACCUUCGCGACUCCCGAGGCUUCUUCAUCCACUGAAAUCCGCGAGAAGGAGAUGAACACUUCGGUCUCGGUGGUAGCGGAGUCAGGGCCCAGUCGAGCGACCGGUACCGAGCCGCAAUGCAUGUGCAUGGCGUAUUGGGAUUACGGGCGGAAGCAGCUGAAGAAGACCGCGAUGAUGCUGAAGCGCCGGGGUCGCAUCACUGUAACCAGCUGCGAAACAGGGGACAUGGUGCUGGUAUUUUGGGACCCCACGUACGAGAACUACACGAUUUAUCAGGAAUCAUCGACCCUCUAUUUCCUGAACUCGGAUUGUAUCGCCGCGCUAGACUUGGGCUUGAAUCCUGAUGGGACGCCUAAGAGCAUUCAGACUAUCGCUGAGGUUGUUGAUAAAGAAUACUGUCAUGCUAAAAAGUCCGAGAAUAGAUACCAUGUGCUACGUGGCACCAAGUUCUACCGCGUGCGAAUGAAAUCAGUGAGCAACAGCCCGGCACCGUCGACGAGUAUGCAGCAGCAGUAAACGUCCUCACCCAUCAGAGGAACCCUUUGAUUCUUGCCUUGAUUAGACACGCUGCAACCCCCGGAUUCACGUUCAACGGAUGGACAGUGUCCUGUAGGGCACGGUGCGUUCGGGACGUGGGUCCACCAGCUUACAUCAUCAUCCUCGCGACCAUCCGGAUACCGAUCCUUCGGAUCAAGGCCAAAACCUGCCAGAGCCUGUAGACGCAUCCUGAACGCCACCGAACAGGGAGAAACGUUUUCUCGAUAGAUAAAGAAGGUAUGGGCCGCCCGAAUGGUGUGGUGCACGCUAAAGCGAUCAGACGAUCAGGAGGAUGCGCUGGCGUUUCAUUGUGAUAUAAAUAAUUUUUAAAACGAGUGAAACAUAUAAUUGCCGAAUGCUGUGGUUAGCUGUGAAGUGUAAACGAUGAUUUGUAUUCCUUUUUCCUCUGUUUUUCUUUUUCAUAUACGAGACACAAACAUUGAACGUGAGCGAACGGCAGCGAGAGAAUGCGAGAGAUGACGUAGAAGAGUAAGGGUGAAAGAUAAGAUAAUACUACUAACGUAAUCGACGAUACUUCUUCUUGUAAUUCGAUAUUGAACGAAUGUGUAAGUGAGAGAGAGAGAGAGAGAGAGAGAGAGAGUGAGAGAGUGAGAG